CAGUGUGCCUACUAUUGCACACGGCACUGCUGAUAGGAUGGAUAUUCAGUAUAAUGAUACUGUUAUCUAUUCUUGCAACAAGGGAUUUUUGCUUGAAGGUGAUAGCACACCAAAUUGCACCUUCAGAAACAAGCUUUCUUCCGUACCAAUCUGCGUUGUUGAAAUACCAGACCAUUAUCAGUACUGCAGCGGAAGCUCCUCUGUAACGUUUUUAGAUGACUCGAAAAGGACUUACACCGAAGGGCAAGAAUUGUGCAAGUUGCAUAAUGGAAACAUCAUCUCGAAGUCAUCGGUCACAGCUGGCUGUUGGUACGGAAUAGGAUAUCAUAAUUUGAAAGCAUGGAGAGAAUCAACAGGAAACGAGUUUCACGAUUUACAGGGCAAAAAUAUGACCGGAGCUAAGCUGUCCACUAUUUGCGAAAUACCGUGUGUUUCCAGACGACAAGCUGAAAGAGAUCCUACGUUAAUGACUGGCAAUAUUACAUGCCCUUUUGACGAACUGGUCGGCCACGAACUUUGCCCUUCAUCCCGGACGGUGUUGAAAAGAAGUAUGCCUGCACUCCUGUUCAAUUACAAUGACGCUAAAGCCUUUUGUAGAUAUUACAAGGGAACAAUUCUCUCUAAGGCAUCAUUCGAUAACCAAUGUCCAGGGGAUUUGAUAAAUACUGAUUACACUGCAUGGCUGGGAUUACCUAUGGACGACGGAAAUGUACUUAAUACGAAAGGUUCGCCAACACACCCGUCUACUAAGCUGUAUGCUGUGUGUGAGAUAACCUUCAAUUGUACUGUACCUUCUAUUGUCAAUGGCACUGCUGACAGAACAGUUGCCCAGGGAACGGAAGCUGUGCUAUAUUCAUGUAAUAAAGGUUAUCGGCUUGUGGGUGAUGCCAGACCAACUUGCACGUUUGGUGGUAAGCUUUCAUCGGUGCCUCGCUGUGAAGCUUUCACUUGUAGCGUACCAGCACUAGAACGUGGAAGAGGCAAAGUGUCAGGCAUACAAGACGGUGACUCCGUUAAUAACACAUGUAACAGUGGAUACCGUGCGUUCGGCGGAACUUCUACACAAACCUGCACAAAAGCCGGUUUACUCGGUUCAGCACCAAUAUGUGUCAUUGAAGUACCAGCCCAUUAUCAGUAUUGCAGCCGAAGCUCCUCCGUAACGUUUUUAGAUCACUUUGGAUGGACUUACACCGAAGCGCAAGAAUUGUGCAAGCUGUAUAAUGGAAAGAUCAUCUCGGAGGCAUCGGUCACAGCUGGCUGUUGGGACGCAUUAAGAUAUCAUCGUUUGGUAGCAUGGAGAGAAUCACCAGGAGAAAAAUUAUACACUACAAAAGAUGGACAUGUGGGCCAAGGUGAUAAGCUGCCCACUAUUUGCGAAAUACCGUGUGUUUCCAGACGACAAGCUGAAAGAGAUCCUACGUUAAUGACUGGCAAUAUUACAUGCCCUUUUGACGAACUGGUCGGCGACGAACCUUGCCCUUCAUCCCAGACGGUGUUGAAAAGAAGUAUGCCUGCACUCCUGUUCAAUUACAAUGAAGCUCAAGCCUUUUGUAACUAUUACAAGGGAACAAUUCUCUCUCAGGCAUCAUUCGCACAAAAUUGUCCAGGGGAUUUGAUAAAUACUGAUUACACUGCAUGGCUGGGAUUACCUAUGGACGACGGAAAUGUACUUAAUACGAAAGGUUCGCCAACACACCCGUCUACUAAGCUGUAUGCUGUGUGUGAGAUAAAUCCAGACUGCACUGUACCUGAUGUUGCUAAUGGCAUUGCUGACAGAUCAGUGAUAAAGUUCCAGGAGAAUGUGACCUUUUCCUGCAAAGUGGGGUAUAAUAUGGUUGGUGAUGCGACACAAAGUUGCUUAGUCGGAGGAAAUCUUACGUCACUACCCAAAUGUGAAGCUGUCAAUUGUACCGUACCCAAUAUCACAAAUGGACAGCAAGCUGUACCGAACAUAUCUUUCGAACAAAAGGCCAACUAUUCAUGCAGCGCUCACCAUGUGUUAGUUGGAGAUGCACGGCCUGCAUGCCAGGCUAAUCGCACGUUGACUUCCAGACCCAUAUGCAAAGCUGUGACCUGCCAAGUACCAACUAUCAGCAACGGGACAUCUAGCCAAACAGGGAUGAUCAGAUAUCAAGAAUCGGUAACCUACACCUGCAAUACUGGCUACACACUGAGUGGAGUGAACACAUCAACAUGUGCAGCUGAUGGGACUAUACUAUCACCCAGUUGUCUAGCUGUCAAUUGUACUGUACCUAAUAUCACAAAUGGGCAGCAAGCCGUAUCGGAAAUAUCUUUCCAGCAAGCAGCCAACUAUUCAUGCAGCGCUCAUCAUGUGUUAGUUGGAGAUGCACAGCCAACAUGCCAGGCUAAUCGCACGUUGCCUUCAACACCCACAUGCAAAGCUGUGACCUGCAAGGUACCAACUAUCAGCAACGGGACAUCUAGCCAAACAGGGAUGAUCAGAUAUCAAGAAUCGGUAACCUACACCUGCAAUACUGGCUACACACUGAGUGGAGUGAACACAUCAACAUGUGCAGCUAACGGUACUAUACUAACACCCAGUUGUCUAGCUGUGACCUGCCAGGUACCGACUAUCAGCAACGGGACAUCUAGCCAAGCAGGGAUGAUCAGAUAUCAAGAAUCAGUAACCUACACCUGCAAUACUGGCUACACACUGAGUGGAGUGAGAACAUCAACAUGUGCAGCUGAUGGUACUUUACUAUCACCCAGUUGUCUAGGUCUAGACUAUGAUGAAUGUAUAUCCAACCCAUGCCUGAACAACGCUACAUGCAUCGAUCAAGUGGGUGCAUUCCAAUGUCGCUGUAGAGCAGGUUUCACUGGUGAUAGAUGCCAGUCAUUGCUGGACUGCCCUGCUUUCCAGCGUCGCGACAGCGGCGGAAUCUUCUGCGAGCCGUGCGUGUGCGAUCAACUAGGCUCGGAGUCGUGUGACAUGACAAAUGGCACAUGCUACUGCAAGCCGAGCAUUACCGGUAGUGUGUGCGAUCGCUGCAUUGACAACUACUACCAGGCUACGGGCAAGGUGAGUGGCUGCGCUGCCUGCUCCUGCGACUCUGCACGCACUGUCGUUGGCAACACCAGCUGUGACGGCAGGACGGGCAUCUGCAACUGUCUGCCGAACUUCAGCGGCUUCAGAUGCCAGUACUGUUCGCCGGGCUUCUUUGAUCUGAGUGCCGGAUGCCCGGCGUGCAGCUGUUCCGCCGAGGGCUCACUGCAUGCUGUGUGCGACCAGGCAAACAAUGGCCAGUGCGCGUGCAAGCCCGGCAGCAGCGGAUUCGACUGUGCCCAGUGCCUGCCUGGAUUCUUCAAGCAGAACAGCACUUCCCAGUCGUGUGCUACGUCCAAAGACGGUCAGCCGUGUCAAGAUUGCCGUUGCUCUCCCGUUGGCUCUAAAAGCAGCCAGUGCAGCGUGACCAGCGGCGAAUGUUUGUGCCUACCUGGUUACACGGGACAGCGGUGUGAUGAUUGCACGGACGCCGCUCAAUACUACACCGAGCAAGCAGGCUGCCUAAACAUGAAUGAGUCUAUGCUGACACCGCUUGCGGAUACUCAGGUCAGCGGGGAUUCGUUCUCUUUCACCUACCCGGUGGUCUUUGGAUCCAGCUAUGCAGAGUACAGCAACGUUACGGUGUCGAGGAACGGAUUCGUGUCGCUGGCCGGCUUCACGGGCGGUUACAACCGUAUUGACCGUGUGACUGACAGUAUUGCUCUGGUGGCACCGCUGUGGACUAACACUGCUACAGCCAGCCGUUGCAAUUCAGGUACGGUGACUAGCCAUGUUGUGAGCAACAGCACCGACGCAGCCACCUUCUCGAAGAUCCUUAAGGCAGUGAGGGCGUCCUCCAUUGGCAGUGAAGAGUUCACACCCAGCGAGGCGGUCGUCACGACCUGGCGUGAGAUGCGCGAGAAUGACACACACGACAGACGCAACACAUUCCAGGCAGCCAUUAUUGGUGACGAGUGUCAGACGUUUGCCCUGUUCUUCUACCCCAAGUAUGGUGUCAGCUGGCUGGGUAACCCCAAGGCUGUGGUGGCUGCAUGGCGUCCGGCAAAUGGCAACAUCGAGAGCUACUUCAGCCCAGCCAGUGUAGCACGUCAGCUAGUCACCAGGCUAACACCGGGCUGCAGCCAGCGUCUGCGCGGCAUCAAGAAAUGCCGUGCCCUCGCGGAGACUCCGUCCUACCUCCAGUCCACCACCAAUCUCCUCCAGUGCCCGGUAGAGCGUGCAACAACCUCUGUACUCGGCAUCUUUGAGCCACAGCCCGCAGUGACUGGCAGCUAUCUCUGCUACAGGUCAACCCCGGUCUCCAAUGGAUCACGCUACCAGGCUUCUUCGGUCUGCUGCUAUGGCAGUGACGGACUUCUGGUUGAUAGUGGUGCCCUUCAGGCGUACGAAACAUACCAAGUCAUCGAUGCUUCCAUCCUGGCCUACUGCCAGCAGGGAGACGUUCUGAACGAGUUCUUUGGCAAGCGCCGCUCGCCCAGAGCAACCACAACCAGAGUGGCACUGUCUCAAGCUUCUGGAUUUGGUGACCCUCACUUGACCAACUUCAAGGGUGAGAACUUUGAUUUCCAUGGCAUUGGCGAGUACCUGAUGGCAAAGUUUGCAACACCAGCGGCGUACAAUUUCUCCGUUUUCACCAGGCUGGAAGUGGCCCCGGUUAAUGCUUUCAGCUUCACGUCUAUCACCCGCGUAGCCAUCAACCUCUGGAUCAGCAGGUUACAGCAGACUCUGAGCGUGGAGGUGUUUGCAUACAGCAACAACACCCUUGCCAUUGUCGGAGAUGAUCAGCUGGUGCAGAGUAUCCGCGCCGGCAACCAUACCUAUUUCAGACUGCACAGCGGCAGUCUUGUGACGUCGUACGGCUCAAGCAGUGUGCAAGUCUCCGUUCAGCAAGCACCUGUCCUCUUCUUGGCCUUCCAAGUGGCGCAUGAUCCCUUCUCCACCGUGGACGGUCUUCUCAACAUGUCUCGUCCCAGCGUUGAUCUGAGCAACUCGGCAAGUGUUCUGGCUGCAGCGGCAACUCUGCAAGUUCAGCCAGACCAACAUGUGUUCUCCUACGAUGACAACACCAACUACGCAACAUACAAUCCAGCUGGCGUUGUGCCCAACCAGGCUGUUGUCAACGUGCUGAAUAUCAGCAGCGAGGCAAACGCCACUUGCGAUGGAGACUUCGCUUGCCUGGCCGACUUCAUUGCAACUGGCAGCACCACACUGGCCGCAUCUACCCUCGUGACGGAGAAAGCUCUUCAGCAAUCCUCCAUUGCCUUGGCUCGCAGUCCACCACUGAUAACAUUGUCUACUGAUGUCCUCAAUGCUAACUUCAAUGUAACCAGCAAUGUGACUGUUCGUGCUGCUGCUACGCUCACUCUUAAAAUCUCGGUUAUCGAAGUGGCAACCUCCAGCGGAAUUGUCCCUGGUGAUCUGGUGUCGGCGUACUCCCCGCAGUCUGGAUUGGUGCUUAGCUGGACUCCCAGCCAGCGCCAGCCGAGCAGCAGUAUUGUGCUACGCGUGCGUGCCGUUGACUCGGCCAACCAGACUUCCAUCGUCACCGUGCCAAUCACCCUCUGCAGCUGCUUUGGAGAGUGCAGCGCUGCACCAGCCAGCACUGCUGUCUCAACACCCUUCACUCUACUUACAUGUACUGCAUGCUUGCCAGGUCAAACUGGCCGUAUUUGCGAGAGCGACAUCGACGCUUGCCUGUUGCAGCCCUGCGGUGGACUGCGGCAAUGCUCGGACGAACCCGCCCCAUCGCUGGGCUACCGAUGCGGAGCAUGCGCAAGCGGUUUCCGCGACGGCGGUUCUUCAAACUUGUCCUGUGUGCAAACGGACGAGUGUGCGGAGGGUGUUGCGGUGUGCGCACCCACAAUCAGCACUUGCCAGGAUCAGCUUGCCUCAUAUCACUGUCCUUGUGCAGUGGGAUAUACUGGUACUGGAAACAACAGCUGUGUCGAUGUGGACGAGUGUCAAGAUGCUCAGUUGAAUGACUGUGACCAUACAUAUGCAACCUGCACCAACACCAGAGGAAGCUAUACGUGUGGUUGUAAGCGUGGAUUCCAGGGACCGGGUAUUAGCGCACGUGGAGGUUGCCAUGCUGUGACCUGCCAGGUACCAACUAUCAGCAAUGGGACAUCUAGCCAAGCAGGGAUGAUCAGAUAUCAAGAAUCUGUAACCUACACCUGCAAUACCGGGUACACACUGAGUGGAGUGAGAACAUCAACAUGUGCAGCUGAUGGUACUAUACUAUCACCCAGUUGUCUAGGUCUAGCUGUGACCUGCCAUGUACCAGCUAUCAGCAACGGGAUAUCUAGCCAAACAGGGAUGAUCAGAUAUCAAGAAUCAGUAACCUACACCUGCAAUACUGGCUACACACUGAGUGGAGUGAGAACAUCAACAUGUGCAGGCGACGGUACUAUACUAACACCCAGUUGUCUAGCAUCUCUCACCCGACUGACAGCUGGUCAAACCACAACCCAUGCAGCAAACGGGAUAUCCACAGCAAAACCACCCAACGGUAAACAAUUGGGCAAUGCAAACUAUGCCUGGGUUGGUGGCGUAGUCAGUGGUCUGCUAGUUAUUGCCGGGAUUGCAGCCGUUCUGAUAUUCCGCCGUCGUCGCAGCUCUCAACAAGGGUCGACUGCUUAUAGAAGCAAGCAUGAGGCCUUGCAACAGUAUCAGCAGUCGUCCCCUUGUUCAACUCAAGGCUUUCAGCGUCGCGGUACAACCUUGAGCUGGGGGUUGCAAACGAGUGAAAAUAGUGAUUUUCCGGAGACACCCGCUGCCCCAACCCUAUCCGCAAUUCCGGCUUCUUCCAGCGAGACAUCACAACACAGUAAUACGUAUGAAAAAAAGGUCACUUUGACACUUGAAACACUCAAUGCGACACCCAGCAAGCGUACACCCAGCAAGCGUAAGCUUCUGUCGUCAGUCACAGUGGAUGAAGAACUAACGAGUGCAAGUUGCACUGAUUCCCUGGACAGCCGCCUUAGCGCUCUGGACAGCAAAAGCAUGCAGUCUACUUGCAUCUGAUGAGUUUUUAUAACGGCAGAAAGUGCGUCAAGUACCAGCACAACUUCACUAAGAAAAAUCAGAGUAUUGUCCUGAUUUACUGUUCUCUUAAAGCCACUUCUUCAAGAACUCUCUUGCAUUUCCUCGUUUCAUAGUAAUCAUGUUAUUAUCUAGGUUCUGUGCUUUGGUUUCGUGCUGUUCACACUAAUAUCAUCCAGAACACGUUCAUCUGAUUACUGGCCUAUACCCCCCCCCCCCCCCCUGUAUGGUAAUGCUGUUUUUGUGUAUGAUCCGAGCACUUGAGUUUUGCAACAUGAAUUCCACGCUCCCCUUCACACUCACUUUUAUGUUCAUCCAAACGGUUUGGCUGGGCAGCUGCAUCACGUGACACUCAAGGUGGAAUCAAAACGUCUUUCUUUCCCCCUUGUGAGCAAGUAGACCAUAGGUCAUAUGGGAUUCAUCUACUGCUUGGCUUCUACUCUUGCCUGCUUUUCACGCUAGCAGCUUAUAAUUUCUCCUUGUGCACCCUGUAAGUAGGCCAAAGGCCUGUUUGGUAUACUCAAGUUAAAAAUUAAAUACUACUACCGCCACUACUACCCAGUUCAUUUUUAAAAUCUCCCUGUCCUCUAGUCCUGCCAAUAAUAUUCACGCUACUCUCUAUUCUCGAAUGCGUUGAUUCCCAUUUACCAUGUUGCAUUGGAUGAUAAAUAUAAUAUACAGCCUUUUUUACUGAAUGUAUUACACAGAGCGUAAAAUAUAGCAGAGGAUAGAACUUCAGAGUCAAUUUUCAU